AUGAUCUGUGCUGGUCUAGCAGCAGGAGGAAAGGAUUCCUGUCAGGUAAAAUCUCUUGGUUAUCCUUUUUGUUUAUUACAGUGUGGGUCAAUUACAUAUUGGUCCGAUUCUCCGGACACAGGUUAUACCUAAUCCUAGACGAAAAAGCAUUUUCAGUAGAGAUUCCACAUUGAAAAUGCUUCUUCAUCUGAGACUGUGCUUCAUCUGGGAAACCGACCCAUUAUGUUUCAUAAUCCUGUGAAAAUGCAAUCUCAGUGACACUGUAAAUCUGUCAAUGCAUAGGGGGAUUCUGGAGGUCCGAUGUUAAACAAACAGGGUACUCACUGGAUACCAGACCUGGAUCAACAGCCAGAUCAGCAGUGACCAGCCAGGCUUCGUCACCUUCUCCUCCAGUGGGACUGACUCUGACCUUAGUGUCUUCUGCACCGGUCUUUCAGCCCCUACAACCACAACCGCAUGCACAUACCUAUAGUCUAACUUGUGCUUAUGGCUACACCUUAAUGUGAAUCUUUACUUCUGUAACAAAUCUGACUACUAGAUUUCUCCCUUUUAUUUGUCUCUCAAAUGUUUAUCUGUCUCUCCCUCCCUCUGCAGCUGUGGUGUGUGGCAGCGCCAGCACCUCUUUGAACUCCCGUGUUGGUGGUGGAAGCUCGUUGGUGACAGCAGGUUUGUGGCCCUGGAUAGCCAGCCUACAGACAAACGGAGCGCACGUCUGCGGGGGCACGUUAGUGGCGGUAGACUCUGUCAUGAGUGAUGCUAGCUGCUUUUCUAGGUAAGUUAACUCUACCUGUAUGUCAAAGGGGAGAGCAAGUAGCUGGUUGAAAUGUCACUCCUUACAUGAUUCUAAGGAAAUAUAGUCAUAGAACCUACAUUUUGAUUGGAUUUAGAUUUUUUACAGUGCACAACCGGUGCUGCAGAAAGCAUGGUCAUGGUGUCAUCAUCAUGUCAACCAGUGUCUGGGUGUGACUCCAUGGGACCAAUAAGCACUUACUGUUGUAGUUACUGUAGAGUACCAGAGGGGGGAGCCACCAGCCAACAUCUCUCCCAAACUACUGUACAAUUCUUGGUUUUACCAUCCUGAUCAGCUGGACAGUUUUAAGUUUUGAUAACUUCAUAAGGACUUCAUAACAGGUACAUAACCCAUGCAUAUCACAUUCAUAAGCAGCAUAUAUGAAUUUAGCGGCCCAUUCAGACUUAGAAAAUCUAUGCCUUUUUUACUUUUUUAUUUAUUUAAGAACUUACAUUUACAUUUUAGUCAUUUAGCAGACGCUCUUAUCCAGAGUGACUUACAGUUAGUGAGUGCAUACAUUUUCAUACUGGCUCCCCGUGGGAAUCGAACCCACAAACCUGGUGUUGCAAGCGCCAUGCUCUACCAACUGAGCUACACGGGACACCUUCUCAGUAGUUGGUAUUCAGACUUACACUACAUGGCCAAAAGUAUGUGGAUUCGGCUAUUUCAGCCACACCCGUUGCUGACAGGUGUAUAGAAUCGAGCACACAGCCAUGCAAUCUCCAUAGACAAACACUGGCAGUAGAAUGUCCCAUACUGAAGAGCUCAGUGACUUUCAACGUGGCACCGUCAUAGGAUGCCACCUUUCCAACAAGUCAGUUCGUCAAAUUUCUGCCCUGCUAGAGCUGCCCCGGUCAACUGUAAGUGCUGCUAUUGUGAAGUGUAAACGUCUAGGAGCAACCACGGCUCAGCCGCGAAGUGGUAGGCCAUACAAGCUCACAGAACGGGACCGCCGAAUGCUGAAGCACCCGGUCCUCGGUUGCAACACACUACCGAGUUUCAAACUGCCUCUGGAAGCUACGUCAGCCCAAGAACUGUUCGUCAGGAGCUUCAUGAAAUGGGUUUCCAUGGCCGAGCAGCCGCACAUAAGCCUAAGAUCACCAUGCGCAAUGCCAAUUGUCGGCUGUAGUGGUGUGAAGCUCGCCACCAUUGGAAUCUGGAGCAGUGGAAACACAUUCUCUGCAGUGAUGAGUCACACUUCAGCAUCUGGCAGUCCGACGGACUAAUCUGGAUUUGGAGGAUUGCAGAUAAAGUUUGGUGGAGGAGGAAUAAUGGUCUGGGGCUGUUUUUCAUGGUUCGGGCUAGGCUCCUUAGUUCCAGUGAAGGGACAUCUUAACGCUACAGCAUACAAUGACAUUCUAGACAAUUCUGUGCUUCCAACUUUGUGCAACAGUUUGGGGAAGGCCCUUUCCUGUUUUAGCAUGACAAUGCCCCCAUGCACAAAGCGAGGUCCAUACAAAAUGGUUUGUCAAGAUUGGUGUGGAAGAACUUGACUGGCCUGACCAGAGCCCUGACCUCAACCCCAUUGAACAUCUUUGGGAUGAAUUGGAAAUCAGUGACCGACAUCACUAAUGCUCUUGUGGCUGAAUGGAAGAAAGUCCCUGCAGCUAUGUUCCAACAUCUACUGGAAAGCCUUCCCAGAAGAGUGAAGGCUGUUAUAGCAGCAAAGGCGGGACCAACUCCAUAUUAAUGCCCAUGAUUUUGGAAGAUGUUCGACGAGCAGGUUCCACAUACUUUUGUAGGUACGUAACGAGCUCUGUGGGUGUGGCUCCCUUGUUCGCACUCAAUAAAUGUAAUUCAAUUCAAAAGUUUUCGUUCAAUUAGUUUUUCUGUUUAUGUAUUCCUUUAAAUAUUGUGUACCUUUUACUUUUAAUUUGAUCAGAACAAGACUAUCUCAGGUCUGAAUUUCCCCUUAAGGAAUACUUAUGUCAACAACUUCAAGACAAAGAAAAUAUCAACCUGCUACAAUAAUUAAUAGUAUGCAAAAUGAUGAAAACAUGAAUAAAGAGUUGAGUAUGAAGGGUGCCUACCUAGGGCAUAACACAUUCAUAACCCAUACAUAUCACAUUAAUAAGCAGUACAUAAACAUUUCAUAAGACAAUAAAUCGGAAUGAGUUUAGUAUACCUCACUAAGUAAAGUAGCCUUACACGAACCUUGGCUUGUGCAAACCAGAACGACUAAUUGGAGCAGGAGCCUAUCUCCUGUUUCUGUAUGGAGAGGCAGCUUGAUGUACACCCCUUGGACAAGACGCUAGUCUAUCACAGGACCUCACUAAACAGAGAUGCAACUCAUUCCAUCUCUCCAGCCAGCCCAAUGCCUCUGAGUGGACCGUGAUUCUGGGUCGUCUGAAGCAGAGCGGCUCCAAUCCAAACGAGGUAACCCUGAACGUCAUCAACAUCACCAUGAGCAACGUGACGGGCAAAAACGUGGCCAUCCUGCGACUGGCCAGCCAACCCUUAUUGUCUGACUACAUCCAGCCUAUCUGUGUGGACAAGGGAACCAGAACCUUCAGCACAGGGACUCUGUGCUGGGUAGCUGGCUGGGCAACAGGUCAGGGCAGGGGUGAGUGGAAGGACAACUGUCUUUGUGUGUUUGUGAGAAAUGUGCCCUGUUCAGAAACAAACCCUAUAGCGCCUAGGCACUUGGGUAGAUCUGAAAGAAUUGGGUAAGCAAUGGUGGUAGGUCCACCUGUCUCCUGAUAGGAUAGGUGGGAUUUUCACCAUAUUGCUUACAACCUAUCCAGAACUCUCAGAUCUACACAAAUGACUGUCAUUUCAACAGUAAAACACUGUAGAAUACACAGUCAUUAUUUAUUUAUAUAUUAUGGUGCAUUGUGGGAAAAUGUUGUGGGCAGGGAAAGUGUCUUUGGCUCAUUAAUAUAUUUGAAGGCUUGCCUUAUUAGAGGCUAUAUUUGUUGUACCUGUGAGUGAGAAUGCUGUACCCCCACAGAAUACAGUAAUAUACUGCAUUUUAGGAAAUCUACAAACCUUGUCCUGAAAAUCUACAGUAAUUUACUGUAAUUCAGAAUACAGUACCAUACUGCAUUUUUGGAGCGCCAAAAACCUUUUGAACACUAGUGGGUGCAUGGUAUUGUUGUUUAUGACUAACAUAUUUUUAGGUGUGUCUUGUAAGAGGCUAUAUUUGUUGCACCCGUUAGUUAGAAUGCUGUAUGAAUUUAACUGAUAUUUGGUAGUGGUUCCCUAACAAUUUAAUUUGUAUAGGGGACAAAUCAGAGUGGCAUCAAGUCUCAAACCUUUAAUGGUUGAAUGGCUAGGCAUGUCCUUUUGAUCUGUUUUGCCCUGUAGACACUGUCAGCUUAGAAGCCUUUCUUAAGGCUUAAUGUGUAAGUGAUAUAAUACACAAAUUAUACAAUGUGGACAGUUUAUUAGGUACACAUCUAGUACCGGGUCAGACCAACCUUUGCCUACAGAACAGCCUGAAUUCUUUGGGGAAAGGAUUCAAACGUGGCAUUCAAACGUUGCUCAAUUGGCAUCAAGGAACCUAACAUGUGCCAGGAAAACAUUCCCCACACCAGAGCCACCAGCCUGUAAUGUUGACACCAGGCAGGAUGGGGCCAUGGACUCAUGCUGCUUAUGCCAAAUCCUGACUCUCCCAUCAGCAUGACGCAACAGGAACCGGGAUUUGUCGGACUAGCCAAUGUUUUUUCACUCCUCAAUUGUCCAGUGUUGGUGAUUGCGUGUCCACUGGAGCCGCUUCUUCUUGUUUUUAGCUGAUAACAGUGGAACCCGGUAUGGUCGUUUGCUGCAAUAGCCCGUCCGUGACAAGGACAGACGCGUUGCGCGUUCCGAGAUGCCGUUCUGCACAUUACUGUUGUACUGCGCCAUUAUUUGCCUGUUUGUGGCCCACAUGUUAGCUUACACGAUUCUUGCCAUUCUCCUUCGACCUCUCUCAUCCACGAGCUGAUUGCCCACAGUACUGCCGCUGACUAGAUGUUUUUUGUUUGUCGCACAAUUCUUGAUAAACCCUAGACACUGUCGUGCAUGAAAAGCCCAGGAGGCCGGCCAUUUCUGAGAUAUUGGAACCGGCGCGCCUGGCACCGAUGAUCAUACCACGCUCAAAGUUGCUUAGGUCACUCCUUUUGCCCAUUCUAACGUUAAAUCGAACAGUAGCAAUGCCUUGAUGCCUGUCUGCCUGCUUUAUAUAGCAAGCCAUGGCCACGUGACUCACUGUCUGAGCGGGGUACCUAAUAAACUGGCCACUGAGUGUAUAGUAAGCUGGUAUGCUGUAAUAUAUAAUUACAUAUUCACUAUUAGCAAUUCCUGAAUUAUUUUUCAAUACAAUUCAACAAUAAAGUACUGUAUUGCUGUAUAUUUAAUGCAGCAUACUGUAAAUUAUGGUGCAUUGGUAGGAGUGUUGGGCCAGUAAUCGAAAGGUUGCUGGAUCGAAUCCCCGAGCUGACAAGGUCAAAAUCUGUCGUUCUGCCCCUGAGCAAGGCAGUUAACCCACUGUUCCCCGGGCACCGAUGACGUGGAUGUCGAUUAAGGCAGCCCCGCACCUCUCUGAUUCAGAGGGUUGGGUUAAAUGCGGAAGAAACAUUUCAGUUGAACGCAUUCAGUUGUACAACUGACUAGGUAUCCCCCUUUCCUUUCCUUUCCUUUCAUCCAGGUCUUGGACCCACCACGUCACCUGCGGUGUCCCACAAGGAUCUAAUCUUGGACCCAUCCUACUCGUCCUGUACAUGCUUCCCCUCGGUCGUGUCAUGAGCCGGCAUGGAAUCUCAUUCCACUGCUAUGCUGAUGACACCCAGCUGUAUGUAAAAACUACCCCAAGUCCCUCUGAUGCAUGUGCCCGUCGGAACACCUGCCUUGAGGGGAUAAGGGCAUGGAUGAAGCAAAACUUCUUUCAACUGAACAGCAGCAAACCGAGGCCCUACUUGUUGGCGCCCCCCACCAGGUCCAGCAUUCACCAAUAACACACCUCCCUCUCGCCCCCGCAGUUUCCAAUCUGGGUGUAAAGCUUGAUUCCUCCCUGACCUUAAGCAGCUACAUCAAAUAACUGUGUGAAGUGUCAUUCUAUCACUUCAAGAACAUUGACAAACUCCGUCCCACCCUCACUCAGUCUGAUGCAGAGAACCUUGUCCAUGCCUUUAUCUCCUCAAGCCUGGACUACUGCAACACACUCUUCGUCGGGAUCCCUGGCAGGAGUCUCCAGAAGUGCCAAUACAUCCAGAACAGCACUGUCAGGAUCCUGAUGAGAGUGCAGAAACAUCUUCCCCAUCCUGGCAUCUUUGCACUGGCUCCCUGUCUCAUUCCGGAUUUAAUAAAAAACCCUCCUGCUGACUUUCCAGUGUAGUCAUGGAAAUGCCCCUCCUUAUCUCAAAUACCAUAACCCCACCCGCACUCUCGGGUCAAGCAAUGGCCUGCUCCUCCACACCCCAAGGACCAAGCUCCGCUCCUUGGGGGGGGGGGGUGGGGGGGGGGGGGGGGGGGGGGGGGUCGGGCUUUCAGCUCGACCACCCCGAGCCUCUAGAAUGCCCUCCUGGACCACCUGAAGGCACCACAGACUCUGAGCUCCUUUGAAAGGGGCCUAAAGACUGUUCUCUUUAUGAAGGCUUUCUGUUGAUAGCUGUACUCCUUGGUGACCUUGUCCCUUGUAGCGUCAGCUGUGUUCUUUGUGUCAGUUGCCCUGUCUAUUUGGUUUUAAUUGUAAAUUUGAGAUUAUUCUGUAUAAUGAAAAGCGCUUUACAAAUGUAAUAAAUUAUUGUUCAUUGUGGGAGGGGAAUUAAUCACUGUCUCGUUAACAUAUUUUAAGGCGUGCCUUGUAAGUGGCUAUAAUUGUUGCACCCAGUAGUGAGAGUCCUGUACCAAUUUAAGUGAUAUGUGAUAGUAGUUCCCUAACAAUUUUAAUGUAUUUAGGGGACGGAUCAGAGUGGCAGCAGGUCUUAAACCUUUAAUGGUUGAAUAUUUAACCAUGUCCAUUUGAUCUGUUUUGCCCUGUAAUCACAGCCAGUUUGGAAGCCUUUGUUUAGGCCUCUAGGCCUCAUUAAUAUGCUGUAAUAUACAAAUCCCUAGCAGCCAACCUGCUUGCUCUAAUCCCUUGUAAUUACAGUGAAAUACUGUAGAAAAGUACUUUCUUACAGUUUAUUUACAGUCCCUUACAGUAUUGUACUGUGUUUCAUUGCUUUGAAGUUAUAGUAAUUUACAGGAAGCUGGCAAGUUACCGUGAAUAUCUCAGUAAUGUAUUGGCACUAUCCAGAGAUAGUCAGAGAUAUAUCAUCAUAAGAUAUCUUGUUGUAAUUACAAUUAUUUUAAAGACCAGUAUUUCCUUAACUACAACAACAUUUUCAGUAAUGGUUAUAGAAACAUUUACAUGCUAUGACUUUUAUCAACCUUGGUUGACUGCACCGACUGUAAGUUGAUAAGGACAAGAGCGCCGCUAAAUGACCAAAAUGUAAAAAUGAAAACUUGCAAAGAACACUGGGUAAUAUGUCACUGGGUAAUUGCAGUAAUUGUAAUUGGUACUUGUAAAUUAGUAACUGACUUGGUACUGUAAAUUAGAUUAAAGUAAACAUUUUGGUACUGUAAAAUGGAGUACAGUAGCUGUACUGUAAAAUAAAUUACAGUAACUUACUGGCCAAUUGCUGCCAGUAAGUGGCUGUACAUUUUAGAGGAAAUAUUUUACAGUGUAGGUAUUGUUUCCGGACGGGACCGACCUUAGGUGUGUGUGUGUGUGUUGGUAUGAUAAGUAAUAAACCCAUCUCUAUUUGUCCUCAGCUGAGGAAGUUCUGCAGGAGUUCCAGACCUCUGUGGUGGAAUGUGUGAAUGUUUCAUCUACGGACAACAUUUGCACUGGAGCUGUGACACUACUGCAGGUAUAGUACAGAUCUGUCCGUCUUACUAUUUAGCUUGCAACAUGUUGUUAUACGCACAUAACAAUACAACCAUAUUAACCCUAGUUUACUUCUUCCCACAGGGUAAUGCGGGUGGUCCUUUGAUGUGUAAGCAAGGCAACUCAUGGUUCCAGACUGCUGUGUUGACUGUCGACAGCAGCAGCAACACCACUAGCAAUAACAGCACCAACAAAGCACGUUGGAGCAGGAGUUCCCGCACCUCCCUGAUCCAAGUCUUCACCAAAACCUCCCGCUUCCAAAACUUCCUGGCUGCCAAUUUGGGAACCUUCCUAUCCCCCACCACCACAACCACCUCAGCUGGUGACAGCAGUGGAGAAUCCCUGGCCCACUCCUCUCUCCUCCUCUUCUCCCUCUCCUCUGUCCUACUGUUGGGUUGGUGUUGGCACUAG